ACCGAAGGUUGGAAAUUCGAAUGAUUUUAUUAAAAAAUAAAACAACAGCGCUCGUCUUCGUGUUCUAAGCUCGUUGAUAAAUUAAAUAAUAAAAAUAGUUUUUUUAAAUAAACUAGUUGCAAUAAGUCAUGGUGUUAUAAGAUCAUAAUUAUCAAUUAAUACCACAGUUAGUUUAAAGCAGUGAAGAUGAGGAAUCCACGUUCAGAUUUGUGUUCAAGAUAUAUAACAAUUUUUAUUGUUGUUUCUUGUUACUGGGUUGUGUCAAUAGCAACAGUAUUUGUAAAUAAGACCCUGCUGAGCAGCCAGGAAGUUGCAUUAGAAGCUCCUUUGUUUAUAACAUGGUUCCAAUGCAAUGUCUCCUUUAGUAUAUGCUAUUCGUUAAGCAAAACUGGUGGCAUUCCUGGUGUUUUCACAUUCCCGAAAGGUACACCAUGGAAUUGGGAUGUCAUGAAACGAGUUAUCCCGCUUUCAUUAAUGUUCACAUUGAUGAUAGCAACAAAUAACUUGUGUCUGAAGUAUGUGGGUGUCCCAUUCUACUACAUUGGAAGAUCUCUAACCACUGUAUUUAAUGUGGUAUUCAGUUGGGUCCUCCUUGGUCAAAGGACUUCUUACAGAUGCAUUUUCUGUUGUGCUCUUAUUAUAUUUGGAUUUUACCUUGGAGUAGAUCAGGAGAAUUUAUUAGGUUCAUUUUCUUUAAUAGGGACAGUUUAUGGUGUAAUAGGAUCUCUAAUGCUGUCUCUAUACUCAAUUUACACCAAGAAGGUUUUACCCAGUGUAAACCAAGAAGUUUGGUUGCUAUCCUAUUACAACAAUGCCUACUCAAUUUUCUUAUUCUUGCCAUUAAUUAUAAUAAAUGGCGAAGUGUCCGUGUUAAUGAGUUACACCAAUUUCACUAGUGGAUACUUCUGGAUUCAAAUGGUCAUUGGCGGGUUAUGCGGUUUUGCUAUUGGAUACUUUACGUCGUUGCAAAUAAAGGUUACUUCUCCACUGACACACAACAUAUCAGGCACUGCCAAGGCUUGUGCUCAAACGGUCCUAGCGACCCAAUGGUACAAUGAAACCAAAAACGUACUCUGGUGGACUUCCAACAUCAUCGUCCUAUUCAGCAGCGCCCUCUAUGCGAGAUUCAAACAACAAGAAAUGGAGGAAAAUUCCCGCAAACCAGUACCCGAAGAAAAGCAGAGCUUAGUGCAUGCAGACGAGUUAUCUGAAAAUUUAAGAUCGCAAGACACAGUGAUCUUUGUUCCAAAUGAUACAGUAGAUAAACAUUUCAAUGCUGAUGGCAAAAUCAAAGUACACCUUUAAUAAUAAACCUACCUAUAUGUUUGAAAUUAGUAAGUAGAUUGUGGUGUGUGUUUAUAUUAUUUUACUAUUCUUUUCAUAUAUAUGUAAAAAAGUCACGCUUUGUUCGUUGUGAAAUGGGCUAAAAACUUUACAUUAUUUUUUUCAUA